CAUUCUCGGAGAAGACAUGCUCGUUGGCCAUUUUAUCAGUCGCGCAUCUAUUUUGCGCAUGUCACGUGCCUCUAUAUAUUUGCGUGCUGGUCGUUAGAAUGACAGGUGUGUUGUCACAAUUGACUGUUUGCUAAGCGGGAUCAAUUCAAAGACAAUACAAUUUCUUCCCGAUAAAUGAAUAUCUCAAGUGACUAUUUGGAACAUCGGAAAUGUCUUUUAAGAUUGACAACCUCUUCAAGAACCGGGCCGGGUUCCUAGAAAGCAGAUUAACGCUAACUCAGAGAUAAAAGCCCUUUUUAUCCAAUCAAAAGUCAAGGUAGCCGUAUUUAUCCCUGGGUUAGUGCUAACCUGCUUUUUAGGAACCGGCCUCUGUACACCAAGCUUAUAACCCCAAGCUAAUUACUCAUGUGUAAUUAUUCAGGCAAGCUUUCUUUCUCCCCUCUAAUGGCGGGCUGUUGAGUAAAGUCUCUAGACUAAUCCGGCAUUUGUUUUGCUGUUAAGUCGUGUAAAAUAAAAGAGACACUAUUGGUUUCCACCUGGCGGGCAGUUCGGUCACGUCUCGAGUACUGUAUAUUUAGACAGAAGAAUAAAAAGUAAAACAGCUUUUACGUACAGAAUACAUCUAUAUUUCGAAAAUAAGAGGUAGACCAGUUUAAUUUUAAUCGGUUAAACGAAAAACACCUUUUAUGACAUAACCAUAACAUAAACAUUAGUGCAAUGAUGAUUAAGUUUUUUUUGCAUGCCCAAACUAAGCCUGGCUUCUUGGGGACUUAUCGUAUUUUGAAUGAUUUUAUAACACGAAUAAGCUCGGAGUGGACGUUCAUUGGAUUUAUCCAUAUUGAUUCAUUUAUUCAUUUGAUACUACCCAGAUGGGGUAAAGAUGGGUCUAGGGUGGGGAAGGGGAACGCCCCUCAGCCACACUAGAGAGAGCAAUCUGUUUCAAUCUUAUUUUCCAAAAAAAUGUAAUCUUUUGAUAGGUUGAUAAAAAAGUAAUUUUCUUGGAUUCAACCAGUGCACGUAUAGAACUAUACUUUAUACUGUAUACUUGACUCAGAGCGUGACUUUUCUUGAAUUUCUCAAUAUAAUACUUAUUUUGGAUCAGGUUCUUUUUGUAUCCCCUUUUCUCUAACGGGCUGUGAUGCUAUCCCAGUCGCGCUCAAUACAAAAGUUCGUUAGCCUUACUACACUUAACUAAUCAGACGAUUACUUCUAAACCAACUAAAAAGGAACCUGUUUGCUUUAUUGUGUAUUUCGAAAUUCAACAGUGAAUCCAUUCAGUAAAAGCCUCAUACAACGCACCGUUUGCGUUAUUUAAAUUUCAUGUACACACUUACUUAUUUCAUGCCCUCCCCUUCCCCUUCUAGUAAACGCUGGUUGAUUUUGUAUAUAUCUAUAGUAAGUUUACCAUGUUACCUUUAUAAUGAAAAUAUGGCUCUAAAGGAAGAGGAUGUAGCUGAGAAACCUUUUAAAUAGCAUUUGCUUUUGUAUAUUAUUAUCGCUUGCUAGUGUACCCAUGCGUGUUUAAUGUUAACCUAUGGCUUGGCUGGCCUAUAGAUGGUUCCUUUGAGUGACCUGGAUGAACAUGGCAUUGUCCAGUAUACUAGAGAACCGACAGGUGAACCGAGCAAGACGUAGACACGGAAAUGGAGGAUUUCUCUGUCUGCAAUCGUCAAAUUAAACGCGAUACUCGUUCCACUUUGGGUCUCACUUUGGUGAAUCUCACUAUUAACAAUAUCUUGGGUAUUUUUUUAAGAAAAAUAAACCACAAGAACAGUGUUAAACUUACGUUAUCAAAAAAAGCGCCGGCAUUGUGGAUUAGAAUCGUACGACGAUUUCCGUGAUUUUAGCCUUACACUCUUCCAAGUAUUAAAAUGUCCUUCUUUGUUAUUGAUGAGUUUAUUAUUCUUUUUUAAGUCCCAUCGCCACUAGGUUAGUCAAAUCGCAGGCGUACAAUGCCCUUCGUCAACCAAUUAGGACGCAACUUCCGAACAAACGCCCUUUGUAUCAUUUGAAAACAUAAAUAAAAAACAUUUUUUGGUAUGGCCUCCGUCCAGGAAAGACAUAAUCCCUUAAUUGAACAUGUAACAAUAUAUGAUCUACAAAAAAAAACGGUUUUCCACCAUUCUGCUGUGACCAUCAGAGAAAUGACAUCGCUUGAAGAACAGUUCUCAAGUGGUUCCUGGCGUGAUUUUGAGCGACCAGGAAACUACACAUACUACAAUGACUACGACGACUUCGUCAGCACUCACUAUAUGACCGUCCAGGCAAUAGUGUUUGUACUACUGUUCAUAGUCGGUGUACCAGGAAACAUUUUAGUCCUGAGAAUAUUCACACACCAUCAAAACGACUUUCGCCUGUUCAUCUCUAACAUCUUAACCCUGAGCUUGGCGACGGCGGAUCUCGGAGUCCUCGUUGUGUACAUACCUUUUUACCUCGCGUAUGAGUUUCUCGGUCUCGUCUGGCCAUUUGGCAGCGCCAUGUGUAAACUAGUGUUCAGCGUGACGCAUAUCUGUGUCUAUGCAUCGCUUGGUACGAUGAUCGCAAUCGCCGGCGAGCGGUACCUGAUCGUUAGAAACCGUCCCGCGAAGAGAUGGGUGAUAGGCGCGACAGUUGGCUGCGUCUGGAGUGUAGCCAUUAUCCUAUGUGUCCCCCAGCUAAUGUACUACACCGUGGUGUCCAUUACCGAUGACGCUGAACCCCUGUUUGUCUGCGAGCUCGAAUGGCCAGACCCGAUGCACGAGAAAAUACUUCACCCCAUCGACUUCACCCUCUUCUACUUGUUCCCGCUCAUUUUCACAGCCGCUGUCUACUUAAAGAUUAUUCGCCUUCUCCGUGCAGCCAUAGAAAACAACGUCCCAAGCCACCGCCUCAUAAAGGAAAGCAAGCGCAUCGUACGACUUUUUGUGGUGACGCUCACCGUCUUUGCCAUCUGCGUACUACCGAUCCACAUCCUUCAUUUGUGCCGGGUUUUUUACCAUGAUUACUGGCUGCAGUUGACGAUCGAGAGGCCGGGGAUGUUUCCCACGCUUGCCGCCCUGUAUCUCGUUACGCACGUCGCAAACCCAUUCAUCUACAUACUUUUCCACCGGCAGUUCCGCGUCAAGGCAGGGCAGAUCGUGCGAAGGUGUUUGAAGUUCUUGUGCCUUUGUAGGGAGGUGACGGUGAAGGCGAAAUGCUUGUGUCUAGGGCGGUCUUUCGUGGAGUCCCCUUCUGGUAGUAUCCAAGAUACGCCUCAAAAGGACGAGCAACGACUUGCUCUUACUCUGGUCUAAUGUGGAAGGAAAGGGAAAUACGAGAGAGAAAACACUAGAAUUCGCAGAUAUUUACGAAGAACGACCCAUUCUUAUCAGAAUGCACGGACAAAAUAGCGUGGUGGAACAUAGACUUGCUCUACUACGAACUUUUGUCCUGUGGUCUUAAACGAGUGCGAAACAUUGGGAAGCAAUGAAAUUAGUAUGUUUUCAAAUAAGAGAAUAUGCUCUGAAAUGGUCUUAAAAGAUCGUUUAAGAUAGGUAUGCAUUUCUUGGUUAUUACAAGUACAAGUGCAAAACGCACACGCUGUAGCUGUAAAAAAAAGUAGGUUUAAACAAAGCCGCUAGGUUCUAAUAUGCUUAACGUGUUAAUAGACAAAAACUAGACAAGUUAUGGUAACCAAUUCAAAAUGGACAUUGAGUUUUACUCUGGUCUUCCUUAAGCAAAUGUCGAUCUUAUUGAAGAGAAAAGCUCUUUAUAGUGCAUUCGCAGCUGGUGUCACCAAGUGUUUGGAGCACCACCAGAACAAUAGACACAGUGGUAACUGGGAAACAACAUAGAACAUUCUAGAGCCCAAGAAGAGCAGAGCGAUUUCGUAUUUCCGUCGUCGGGAAGACACAAAGGCCACAUUUCUGGUCUAUUUGCCUUCUUCAUGUGAUUGCCCAUGUAAUUUCAACAACUUUAACGCACGGUGGUAGUCUAUGUAGGACAAACAAGCUGCGAAGGGAGAGCUUUUAAGCUCUUAAAAGAGCUUUUGUAUAAAAUUAUGUGGACCUUAUUACUAUAAUUAAACCCCAUAAAAAAAAGAGACCAUAUAAGGCCGUAUGCUAUGUGACACUAUAUGGCGAGGAUAGAUAUUAGUGCGCAGAGAGAUAUUUGUGCGCAGAGAGGAGAGGGGGAGGAUAAACAUUCGUGCGCA